ACUGACAUUUCACCCUUCUAUAUUUAUUUAUACUUUUUGGCUAUAAUCACAAAACAAGUUUUAGUUAUUUAAAUUAAUGAAUUGAGUGGUUGAGGUCUACUUACCUCUGGCAGGGAUGUGGGGGGGUGUGGUGCUGCUGGUGGCUGUGGUGGUGGAGCCCUGCAACUUGGAGUACAACGACUAUUACCACCAGGACGCGGACGAGAAUCCUGGACGUGACCUGUAUGAUUUCUAUGGUGAGGUGCACACGGUGGCGACGAUGAUGAUGGAUUCCACCCUCAACCGAUCGUUCACGAGGAUCAGAAGAUUCGGAGAGGAGAGCUCCAGCUUCAGUACUCACGCAGAUAUGAGAUACAUUAAAGGUGCGUUGAAGGAGAUCCUCGCUGGCCACGACAUAGAGAGCGUUGCCGAGGAUCCGGCAGACGUAAUAGACCUGGAUGAGAGCGUGGACGACCUGUCCACCACCACGAUAUUCAGGCUGACCCCCACUCGAUCCGCACACACGUACACAAACACUGCGCUGGAUGGAAGAAGACAGGGAGGAAAUGCGACAGGAUCAGCGGCAUCGCCAGCUGGGGUAUUAAUGACCGGCUAG